CCUCCCUGAGAGCGUUGGUCCGAAAUGUUAUUCAGGUGCACAUACCAGGUGUGUUUUAGUAUAUAUGUGUGACAGGGAGAGGUGACAAUACUGUCUUGACUGUGGAGAGUGGGAGGAGACAUACAGAGACAGGAGCUGAGUCUGUAUUGUAGCUACCUCUCUGGAAAUAUAAACCCUGAUCUAUAGAGCCUGUGGAUUCGCUGUAGCCUGGUGCAGAGGCCUGAGACUGAGACCCAUCCAUCUCCAUUCUGUCUCUGAAAUCACAGGCAGAAAAAAAUGGCCCAUGGAAAGAACCAGGAUGAGAGACCCUCAGAACAGCGCGAAGAAUUGGGAGAGGAGACCUUCCUCAAAGACCUCCAUCUGUACAUGAAGAAGAGAAAUACACCCAUAGAGAAAAUACCACACCUGGGCUUCAAACAGAUCGGUCUGUUCAUGAUGUACAAGACUGUGAAAAGCUUGGGUGGCUACCACCAGGUGACGGCCCAGCAGAUGUGGAAGCAAGUAUACAACACCCUGGGAGGAAACCCCAGAAGUACCAGUGCAGCCACCUGCACCCGUAGACACUACGAGAAGCUGCUUCUGCCGUAUGAGUGUCAUGUAAAAGGAGAAGACUACAUGGAGGUACUGUCACAAUGCCAGCAGAAGCGUUUACAUUACAGUAGGCUCAGUGAGCAGGACGAGUGCCCUAGGACAGCCAAGCGUAGCAUGACGUACAGAGCUCUACAGACAUCCCUGCACCAGAACACCCAUAACUUCCUGACAGACUCCAGAGUGAGGAUCAUCCCUAUGCCUGUGCACUACCGUCAGUACUACCACCACCCCGUCCACCCCGUCCACCCAGAUCUGCUCCCCUAUGUCCACCCACCUCUGACCCCCAGCAGCCACCCCAGCAGCCUCCCCUCCCCUCAAGGACAGACAGAGAGGGCCAAGCAGCCUCUGGAGCGCCUACGCUUCCUGGCCAAUCAGUACAAGGACUCCUCAGGCUGGACUGAGCCACUCAACCUCAGUCACAAGAAGGCUAGUCAGGAGUCAGGCGGUCACCCUGCUUCAUCCUUCGCCCCUCCUCCCUCCAACAACUCCCCAAGGUUCUUGAAUACGGUCUCACCUCUGUACCCCGCCAAGGGACUGGUUAAAGAUGAGGGCUGUGAGACGCCGGAGGGAGAGGUGCCCCUGGGGAAAACCUACCACUACCCCUUGGGGACCAGAGACGACUACGUCAUCAACCUCACUUCCUCCUCCUCUGGCGGUUCCUCCCGCAGCCCGACCUCAGCCUCCAGCCCAGGCAUGAAGAAAGAGUCCCCCGUCCCCUCUCCGCUGAAGAGUUGCAGGGAUAGUGUCCCCUCCAUGGUUCACAUCCCCAAACUCCAGAAGAGAGAGUACCCAGAUUGGCCCAGGGGGAGGUGGAGAGGGGAAAGCCCCAAGCACAGUCCAGGGCCUCUCAAUUCUAGUCACGCUCUGCGCAGUACCCCCAGAGGGACAGAGGGAAGGAUGGAGAUCCAGAUCCCCCUGGCAACGCUCCAUGACUGGGUAAAAGGAGUUCUGCUGUGUGGGCCUGCUGGCACCCGGCCUGGGGAUCUAUCACUGCAGGGUCCAACCAUGGGCCAGACCCCAGGCUCAGAGCCCAGGGAGAGGGAAAGGGCACAGGCCUGGUCUGACACCUCUCCCACUAUUGCCACCCAUGCUGACCAGGUCUUCCACAACCAUCACAAAGACCAGGACAGGGGUUCUGGGGAUCUGAGAGAGAGGAGUCUGGAGAGGCACAGGAACCUGCCUAGGCCCACCACCACCACCUCCCCUAGUACCAGUCACCGCCGCCCCAUGGCGCCCUACCAGUUCUCCAGCUACAAGCCUCAGCCAUCAGGGAGCAUCGUCCGUAACCCGGACAGCUGGAAUUUGGAUCUCCGGGAGGACGCCAGGAGGUCCUACCACCCAAAACUCAUGUACCCACAGGAUCUAUUGGAUAAAGCCCAGCCAAUCCCCUUAAAGAUCCACCCCAGCAGCCAGGCUCUGGAGCAGGAUAGUGUAGGCCACACAUCCCCGGGCUAUUGUCCAGGCACAUCACUGGGAAGGGUGGAGAACCCUUACAUGGCUCUAAUGGUGAACCCCUCAUUUCCUUCUCUGGUGCCACUGACACCUGAGGAGUUAAUGAAGUUAAAGAGGCUCAUCUCAAGCUCUUCAUGAAUAGAAUAGAACAGCAGGACAACAACCUGCUAAUUAAUAUAAAAUAUGAUGCACUCUGGACGAAAAUCUGUUACAUGUCAACAUUGACAUUGGACACUUAAAAAGCCCUCAUUACUGUUCAAAAUCAAGAGACAAUGUAGCACUACUGUUGACUAACUUUUUAAGUACUUCAGAAAAUGAAUUUAGUCUUUUAAUCUUCUGUAUUUUUAUCCUUUGAAGCUUGCUAACAAUUUAUUGUGGACUGGAGUGAAAAAAAGGUUUUUCCUUCAUCUCAGCGGUUUGUUUUGAACAUGAAGUAGCAUCGAAAAAAAAUGAUGUAGCCUGAUAAUGACAGUAAAAAAGCUUGAAACGAAUUAUACAAGUUUACUACCCAGACAGCAAAGGGACAUUUUAUUGAGUUCUGCUUGUAAUUUUGUUGAGAAUUGUGACUUCUACAAUUCUUUUAAAGAAUUGUUGAGAGUUGUUGUUAUGCCAGUCAUUCUUGUUGUUAUGCCACAAACUCUAAUUUUCAAUGACAGUCUAGGAACAGUGGGUUAACUGCCUUGUUCAGUGGCAGAACAACAGAUUUCUACUUUGUCAGCUCAGGGAUUCGAUCUUGCAACUUUUUGGUUACUAGUCCAACGGUCUAACCACAAGGCUACCUGCUGUUUUUGAGGAGGAACAAUUAUAUAACAAUAUAAAAGAUACACUGUAUUCUGAAUUUGUGAAUGUUUUUAUAUAUGUUUGUAAAUGUCAUAUUUUCUUCCUAUUCUUAUUUUACCACGAGUAAUGUUGGAUUAUUUUAAUCCUUUUCAAGUUUACAAAUUUUCAC